AACCUAUGGAAGAUAUUUCAGGAUUCAACUAUUUUCAAAACAAUGGACCGUCAAAGUGGUCACUUAUUGGUUUUUUAACAUGGAGAUCCGAAAAAUUGCAGUUAUUAGAUAGUAUAAAAGAGCAUAGCGCGUUCAAAUUUUUUGUCCAGAAAAUUGCAACUGACGAAAAUAAUACAAAGGCAAAAAAAGCGCAAGAGCUACUUGAUAACUGGAAGGAGAUUAAGUGUUCUCCGGAAGUUAAAGAAUUUUGGAAUGAUCGUAGGACUCAGAAUUUACAGCAAGAGCUCCAGAAUGCCAAAGCGCAAAAUGAACUAAAAACUUUACAGGUUGAAACUGAAGAUUUAAGUUAUAUUCUCGACCGAAGCAGGGAAUUGAACUUGCACGCUAAUAUAAUUGGAAACAAAAGAAAAUCUAAGUUGGAAAAGAUACAGGAUGAACAACGCCAAACUAAAAGUGGAAGUGACAUAAGUGGUGAAGUUCAUUUUAAUUUGUCCAACAAUGCAUCAAAAAGAAGUCCGGAAGAGGAUGACGAUUCUAAAAAAAGACCCGCCAAAAAAAAUCGCAACGUUAUUGUUGACAUAAACAUUAUACCAACUACACCACCACCACGAACUGCAGAAAAUAUUGUCUCGAAUAAUGAUGACGAAAAUGACGAUAAUGACUCAGAAAGCGACACUGAAUCAAUUGAUAUAGAUCAGGGUGAAGAAGAAAUUGGGAGACUUACACAAGACGAAGUGGAAAUUCGCAACAAAUUAAUUGCUAUUCUAGAUUCACAACAAAAAAAGGACAAAGAAUUGGGAAAGGACUGUCUAUCAUCAAUAUCCCUUAACCAUAUUAUUGAUUUCUCUAACGAUAUAGUACAAAAAAAAGUAAAUAAAUCAUUAAACGAAAACCAAGUCAAAUGGAUUAAUACAUUUCUCCAGCAAGAGAUCUGGGAUCAAACAUAUGAAAAUGAGUUUCGGCAAUAUAUAAAUCAAUUUACAAAAAAAACGAGUAAUAGAAGGAGCGUUCCGAUUCUGGUCCGCAAGUCCUUUGUUCCAUCUCAAUUAUUUAAUUCCCAUACUCACGAAGCUCAUGAUAUCGCUCAACGAAUCUUAACUCAUUUUUCUGAACGACUUGAAGCGCCAUUAAGACUUGAGGUUGAAGGUCUUGAUUACGAAAGGACAUAUGCAAUUGAUACAGUAAUAUAUAUAAUAAAUAGACUAUUCCGUAUGCAUCAGGAUGUAGUUGAUAUCGUAUGGAUCGAGUUAACUACCCCUAAUACGAAAAAACACAAAAUUGAUGGACUUAUCAAGAUGAUCAAUUCAAUUCAAAAGAAUCAAACAAUAGUCUUAAUCGAGUUUUCAUAUGGUAGACGAGCACCUUUAUCAAAAAUAGAAGGUGAUGAGGUUAAAUUAUGCAGAAACUCGAUGAGAGUCUUAAAUAAGCUAUUGAAAGAAACACCUAAGGAUGUAGCACAGAUUUAUUUAGUUCAAACCGCUAGUAGCUUUGAACAAUUUGCGAAGAAAAUAGUUGAUUUGAUGAACUGGCAGGUUGACGUGUUGUCAACUAUUCAAGCAAUGAAGGAAGCUACGACUGUGGAAAACGCUACUCAUAUAACGUUAAUAGAUGACACUCCGCAAAAGAAAAAAAGUAAUAAAAAUCAACCUUUGCCUAAAUCCCCAUCUCCCGAUUCCUCACCUCCCAGUUCCCCAUCUCCUGGUUCCAAAUCGUCGGGUCGCGAUUUGAUGCGCUAUCUAGAUUCACCGGUUCAUGAAAAAAUCGAUUUAGAAAAUACGUUAUUUAGAAAAAAAAAUUCAAAAAAUUGA